GAACUCGGACUCUUCCCGGUGCGAGCCACGAGACGGUCCAAAAAUCACGACCGUCCGAUGAACUAUACCUGAGAUACGUUCCCAAUCAUGAACUCGAGACUUUCGCUGGUACAUAGCUGUGUUUUUCAAGUCCAGAAGUGCUUCGGCCAGCGAGGAAGCUGCCAUCACAAUGAACUACCCGCUACUUUCCAAGAACUGUGGGAAGUAUGAUGAUACUUAUUUUUUGUGCCACGGUAGAUGCCCACCCCAAUGGGAUGUGUUAUUUAGCUUGUUUCCAUGUGCCACCGCCGCAUCCAUGGCACAACGUGGUCUUCCAGGAUGUGCAUUUUGGGGAGGACUGUUGCAGUGGGAAACUCCUCCCUGUACUGCUCCCAUGAAAGCUGCUGUGUCUCUCUCUAGAGUGUACUAUUCGAAUUUCUCUGUUACCAAGUCAAUCAAUGGCGACGCUGUCCACUACCCCUCCAUUGAACACAUUGUGGCACUUGGCAUACUGGGUAAGUACCUCAGUCAAGCACUUGUAUGUGUCAUUGGCCUUUUGCAACAGUUCAGGGCACUUCUCUUCAACUAUGGCCACAAUACCAGAGCACAACACAUCAGCAGAUUGUUCCUAAAUGUGAACGUAGUGUAUAUAUGUGUGUACCUUGAGCAGUUUAUGCACAUGAAUCCCGACGAAAGUGCCCCCAUGGUAAGCUUGGCGUUGCACAUGUAGCUUCGCUAAUGCAGUGUCUAGGGACUGUAAACAGGGACCGUCUUUGUGUUGAAAACGUUCAGCCAACACCCAGUGCAGUGCAGUUACCUGAGCAGCCUGGAAGACACAUGGAAUGAUGGAGCCUUCCUCCUCAUACACGACAAAGGAUGUCGAAUCGGUGCACCUCUGCCAUUGCCAGACACUUGUAUUUUGUGUGUGUGUAGCUGGCUCCAAAAAAUAAGUAUCAUUUAGAUCCCUAUAUUAUUGGAUACUUCCACUCUUACUUGGUCUAUUGUAUUACCAUUAUUCAAUAGAAAGCGCUUCCUGGACUGAGUUAUGGCUUCCACUACGCCGGUACCCCGCGCGCUUCUCUGCCGCGGAAUGUUCAUUUGACCGCUGCGCAGUAGUAUACGUAUUGCAAGAGCAGCUGCGCAAGUAACUAACGGUUGUCAUGGAUGAUAGAACAGCAUAGUAAACACAUUAGGUAGUCCAUAGUAUGGUCUCUGGACGGCCAACGGUAUCCAGAAGGUACCGCUUCUUUUUGAAAACGGAGGG